GCAAAGCAUGAAAUCUGUAAUUGCGGCAAGCGGAAUAAAACGAAAAUAUAUGGUAAAGUGGAAUAAUGAAAAAUAAAUAAAUAAAUGAGAUUGAAAAAAGUGCAAAAUGAAUACGAAAAGCACAGACUAGAAAUCAAAACGUGAAUAAGCUGACGAACUUUGUAACUUCAGUCGCGGUGUGCAAGCGAGUCUGAGUAGAUCGUGGUGACGUGCAAACGCUUCGUAAGCGCUACGUCGUCGUCGUUUUUUUUUAAUUUUAUUUGCAUUUGAUUACAAAAUCACUUGCUGAAUUGCAUGUGAGCUUCAGUGAAGCGCGAAACAACAACAAAAAUAAACAAGUUAAAUUACAACAAUAAUACGCUGUGCAAGUGAAUUGACACAUUUAAUCGGUGACCUCUGAAACCCUAGGUGAAUUCCAGCCGCAUACACACUCAAAUAAAAAUACACAGUAAUAAGUAAGCAUGGAUCAAAAGCGUGCUAUGCUCUACCCGGAUAUCGAUCCCGCCGCCCACAAUGCUGCCACACGCGAUCAUCGCAUAUCUGCCUCGACCGCCAUGGGCUUGCCCACGGAGGCGCCACCUUCAUACGACAUGGCUAUAGCAUCCACAUCGACGCCCAGUGGCUCAAAAAGUAAUGGAGGAAGUGGUGCCACCAGUGGUUUGGUUAGCGAUGGCGCUGCUGCGCCGCUGGGCUGGCAUCCCAGCGCCCCGCCGCCAACGACCACACCCGUAACACAACCGCCAGCGCCAGUUCCUCCAGUCCGACAGUCGCGCAGAGCACAGCAGACGCCUCUACCGCACGACAAUCAGACAGGGCCGGUGAUUGUGGUGCAACCGUUGCCACACAACCAACAGCAACAACCACUCUCGCCGCCAAUACAAACAACUAGUGCCACAGUGCCGAUAAAACUAGGUCCGCACCCAUGUUCGGUUACAUGCCCUGUUUGCGGCGCUAACGAGACGACGCGAUUGAUCUUGACGCCUAACACACGAACGCACAUUUGUGCGGGAUUACUCUGUCUGGCCGGUUGGUGUUGUUGUGCUUGUACGGUGCCCUAUUGCAUGAACAGCUGUCGGACCGGUAAUCAUUAUUGCUCGCGGUGCAACACAUUUCUGGGUGUCUAUAAUCCGAAGAGAGCGAGAAAGUGAAAAAGUGAUAGACUUGCCACCGCACACACACUCAUGUACAUAUAUAUGUAUGCAAUUUGUGCGUGUGUUUGUGGGUGAAUAUUAUGUAAUAUUUUUAUAACGAUUUAUUACACUUUUUUAGUUUAUUAAUUUCACUUUAACUCGCUUCAGUCAAUCUCAUUUGCUGCGCAUGCGUGCUCAUAUUGAUACUUAUAUAUGAAUGUAUAUGUAUAUGUAUAUAUAUAUUUACAAACAGGCAGGCAUAUAUACAUAUUUUUUAUUUAGCGAUGAAGCAAACAUUUUACCUUAACAAUUUUUCUUUAUGUGUGUGCGUGUUGUAUACAAAAAUUUAUUAUUUCAUACGUAAUUACUUUAAGAUAAGUUGAUUAUAAUUAAAACAAAAUAUUGCGAUAUAAUCGUACAAGGCAAUGUUGAA